GGCCCAUAUUAGUUUAGCAGUAUCCCCGCAACACUUCCUCCGCAGGGUAGGCGUGCCAGGACGGAGUUAGUAAAUCCGCGCCUGGGCCACCCCAUUCGCCUUGUCGGAUAAGCUUUCUUAUACAUCAUGCAUUUCGGUACCAUUUGUUAAUCGUUGUCUGAGACUUUGACGUUCUCUUGAUUUUUUUCCCUACCUUCGAGUCUGUCAUUAUUCUCUUCGAUACGUGCGGUGCACUAUUCAUCACUGCUAGUUCAGAUAUUUUUCUUAUUUUAAUUGUCUUAUUCUGUGCCAGCUGGCUGGAUCAUUGGUACGAUCCACUCUUUUUUAUAUUCCAUUAAUUGCUUUCUUUCGCCUUUUCAUUCAUCAAAUUCAUACAACGUUUCAUCUAUUUACCAGAACACUAUCAAUAGUCUUCAUUGUUAAAAUCUCAUGACUUAACGAAACAUACGGCAACGCCACGGCUCGCUGCCUACAUUUACAUCGACUGCCUCGACAUUAAGAUGGGUGCCAGUUCAGCUUUGUAUUUGAUGAUCCGAGCUGGACUAUUGGAUGGCACGGAAUCAGCGUCGACAUUUUUGAAAGAUGCGCAGGAUGCUAAGAAUAAUACACUUGCGGAAGGAAUUAUAGAAAAUUUGGUGUUUGCAGAAAGCAAAUCGGUCCGGACAUCGACUAUCAUUCUAGCAGCCUUUAAUGUACUGGCUUCGUUUGCAACAGCAGCCAGUAUCCUUUAUGAUUCUUACUGGGCCUCGAAGCGGUGCAACCCGAAGUUCAAAGCUUCGUAAGUGGGAAUUGAUUAUAUUCUGGUGGAAGAUUACUAAAGUGCGAUAGGAAAUUCUGCGUUUCGAUGAUUCAUCCGGCGGAAACUUUUCCUUUGGUACUAUCUAUCGGUAUUGUAAUUCAAGGACUUAUCUUUGCUGUUGUCCAAGGAGAGGGACUUCAUUCAUUAUUCAUAUCUGGAUGCAGUACCAUCGCUCAAUUCAUGUGGAUUGGUAGGUUUAGAUUGAUGCUCGUAAAACCCUGAUACUAAUGCUAUUUAGCUCUUUUCAUAGUCCCAUACAUUCAACUUGUCUUCGGCCUCGAAUGUGCAAUACGAUCUUUAAGGAAAACACCAUUCCAACCGAGAGGAAAAUACGAUGUAACAAUUUGCUUGGGGAUAAUUUUGUUAAUGUUGAUUGGCACCUGGCUUCCAACAAACUUAUUUCCGGAAAAAGAUAGAUGUUUUGCUUCAUUGCUAUGGUUCGUGUCAAAAUUUGGAAAUUUCGGGUUCAUACUAUUUUCCGCUGUCGCCGGUCUCCUUAUCAUCACUUCGAUCGUCAUCUUUGCCAGAUUAUCCAGAACCGCAUUGAUAGAGCGAAAUCAAAGGAUUGCAGCGUCUCGUAUGGUAUAUUAUUUACUAAUAGGUGUUGUUUCAUUGGUAAUUUCAUCCCCCUAGUUGACUAUAUCUUUGGCUAAUGGCUACAAGAGUUUUGUGAUUCCGUAUUUUGCUUCCCAAACCAUCGGACAUGGCGACUUGAAGUUGGCCAUGAUGGCAACCGUGGUCCUUAACUUAUCUGGUUUGAUGAACGGUUUGCUCCAAUUAUUCUUACGAUCAAACACUGCAACUACAUCAUUUGGGCCAAGAGGCAGGUCCUAUCCUAGUAAUAAGCAUGAGAUCAGGAUAUGGGGACCAAACGAGUUAGCAUUUAACAAUCAAAUGAUGGAUCCUGUGCAACCGCCGGUGUCUCCCUGGUCCGGAAUGGUAAGUCGAGCGGAUAGUCAAAAAAGUUUUAUCUUCCCGCCCGACAAAAGCGUCGCUAUUAACAUGGCGGAGCUCCCUAUCCUACAGCUACCUCCAUAUUCCCCGACGAAAGCGCACCUUCAACGCUCUAACGCCAUUAGUCCAAUAACUUCGGCACUAGCUCCUCGGACACCGACCGAAAAUUUUCCAUCCGAGCAUACUAGAAAACAAUCAUACUCCCUUUUUCCCGCACCAGCUCUCCAGAGUCCCAACACACUAUUGCCUCCUCGCAUGAACAGAUCUGCCUUCGAAUCAGUGUACGAUAUCAGCGACCUUUCGGAUCUAGAAGCGCCUCCCUCCCUCCAAGGCAAGAAAGGCCACAGAAGAGGCUCUUCUGUAGCUUCAUCAGCAACAGUACAAAUCGGUAUUCGCUUCUCACAUGCACCACCCCCUCCUGCCGCUGCGGGAGUGCUAUCUGUUGCCCUCCCACCAUCAACUUACAAAGCAAGUGGACUUCCCGCCACAACUUUCCAAGCCCCAGCUCUCCCCCCGACAACUUACGCUCCUACAUCGAAGUUCAACCCCUCCAUACAGACCACGUCUGCUCCGCUUAGAAUUCUUUUACCUCCAAUAAAAACAAGAAACCUCGCCAAAAACACCAUUCAAAUCCCACCUCGCUCACCUUUCCGACCUUCUCCUGUUGAUACAAACACCGCCACUCAACGAUUCCCAAAUAGAUCAAAUCCUUCUCGCUUCAACUCUCCCCAACAAUCCCCAUCCUUUAUAAACAAAACACUCCCGGCAACACCCAAAUCCGUUGCUCCAAAACAACCAGCCAUCGAACGUUUAGAACAAUCCGAAGCAAUCAUUCAGCUUAGCCCUACUGUGUAUACACCACCUAAAGGUUCUCUCCAAAGAAACGGUUCUGCAAAGACCGUUAUCACCGGCUCGGACUUCAACCGUCGAGAUUCAAAGUUUAGGCAGGGGAGUAAGGAUCAAUGGAUAUGAUUUACCCUAGAUUACAGGGAUUUCCCUCGGUCGAAUGGGGUCUGUUUUGUACAAGGAGAGAAAAAAGAAAGACGGCCCAGCUGAAGGGACGGAAUUCUUCGAAUCUAAUUAUACCUGCUUGUUUGGGCUUUGAUAUUUUCUAUUUCAUUGGUGUUUAUUAUGGGGAUCUCUGGGGAAAAGGAAUGGGAUGGAUGGCUUGAUGGAUGGGCGGAUUAGUUCUCGAUUCUACUAUGUGGCGUUAUAUACCGUGAUAUGUUAUUGCCUACCGCAGACAAUCGGAAGUUUUGUUGGAUGGAAGCUUAUCUCUUUUGAGCUAGGACCUAUAUACGCUUUGUUUGUUCUAUGAUUCUUUAGUAGCAUAGAAAUUUCUUAUGGUAUCGUUUGGGUUAUGGUUGCAGGUUGACAAUAAGUAGAAGAAGAGGUCAUGGCUUGUAUAUUUUACUUGGAAGUAUGGUAUGGAGAGGGAGUGUGUAGAUAUUUUGGGACGAGGUACGAAAGUUACGAAUCGAUGAACUUCACGUGAUGGAUAUACAAAAUGCUGAUUGUUUUGUACCUCCCUACUGAGAAAAAAUUGAUCAUUAUGAGAUGACACUUGGUAUGACUAUCAUCAUCACAUUUCUGUUCACAACGAUUUCUCAUAUCCACUGUCUUACGUUAGCCUACCGAGCCUAUCUCAUCUCACCCCAUUUUCAAAUUCCCCAUAA